GGCUGGUGCAGAGCGCACAGCCGCAACGUGUUUCUGUUUACCUCCUGCGGGCUCCGGUCCGACACGGACACGCGUGGCCGCCGCUCGUAGCACCGGAGAUGGUUUUAGUGUUUUUUAGUAGUUUGUAGUUUGAGCGGCGGACGGAGGCCGAGGCUGGGCGGGAACACGAGGCCCGAGUCUGGGCCGCAGACACCCGGAGGAUGCCGUCUGUCAGCAUCCUCCGGGACAUUUAACCAGCUAGCCGGCUAGCAGGGAGGCUAACCCGGCUAGCUGUGCGUUCAAACCGCGGAGAGACGAUGAAGGAAGAGAUGAGUGCCGUCCUCCUGGUCUUCGGGUAUCUGUUCGCCCUGAGCGAUGGUUCGGCCGGUCCGGACUGCGACCCGUCCACCACGGAGGCGAGCGACGCGGUGCGUUUACUGUCAGCUGGAGUCGACAUCCAGAGAGCCGAGCGGAGCCAGAAGCAACACCUGGAGGCUCUGUUCAACAGAUAUGGAGAAAACGGCACCAUCUCUCUGGCCGGGUUGAAGCGCCUCCUGCAGAACAUCGGGUUGGGUAGCGUCAGGGCCAUCACUGUGCAACAUCACGAGCAGCCGGGUCACCAUGACCUCCACCACCACCACUAUCAUCAAUACCAUGUGCACCACAACAGGUCGCAUCACCACAAACAUGGCGAUGCGUCACCGCCGGAGAAGAUUCCAAAGAACCAGGAUGGAGCACCGGGGAAGAAAAGCGCGAACCUGGAUGGUCACGAUAAGAAAACGAUCGCGGCAGCUCAGGAGGUUGAAACCACGGCAGCUUACAGAGCUCAGCUUGUGGUCAAAGCACAAGACGGCAACCCCGAGAGACCGAGUCCUGCAGGGGAGGAAACUACCAGAGGGAACGCUGCCGGGCUCGUCACUGAGAGUCAGACUCAGGCAGCGGUUAGCCAAGGUGACGGUCACGGCCACGACCAUGACCACGACCACGACCAUGACCAGGACCAUGGCCACGACCAUGACCACGACCAUGACCACGACCAUGACCAGGACCAUGACCAUGACCACAAUCACGGCCACGAUCACGACCAUGACCACGACCAUGACCAGGACCAUGACCACAUGAACCAGGAUCAUCUCCGCAACCACAGCCUGGACAGUGUGGAGUGUCUGAACGCCUCCAGCAUCCUCUCCUCACAUGGGAUGUCUCAGGAAGUGGGCAUGACCCUCGGAGACUUCAGCUUCCUUUGCCCCGCCCUCCUCAACCAGAUCGACGGAGGAGCCUGCAUCAUGCACGGAGACGCCUCUGAACACGAGCACAGAGGACACAAACAUCACAAACAUGCUCACAAUCACCACGGAGACCACAACCACUCCGACCACGGCGAGCGAUCUGCCGGAGAGAACGGCAAAAACAUCACAACAGCGUGGGUGGGUGGAUUCCUCUCCAUCACCAUCAUCAGCCUGCUGUCGCUGCUCGGUGUCGUCCUCAUCCCGCUCAUGAACAGAGUCUUCUUCAAGUUCCUCCUCAGCUUCCUGGUGGCGCUGGCGGUGGGAACGCUGAGCGGCGACGCCUUCCUGCACCUCAUCCCCCACUCUCAGGGAGGCCACCAUCACCACCACGAGGACAUAGGGCUGAACAUGGAUGGACAUAACCACCAUGAUGAGCGAGAGGAAAACCUGGACGCGGUGUGGAAAGGUCUGACGGCACUCAGUGGAGUCUACUUCAUGUUUCUGAUCGAGCACUUCCUGACGCUGGGGAAGAUGUACAAGGACAAGAAGCAAAAGAUCCAGAAGAAAUGGGAUCAGAACGACAAAGCAGACCCAGAAAAGCAACCGGCUCUGGAGGAAAACGACAUGAAGCCAAGCGAAGAUGUGGAGACCAACGGUGCCGGUGCGUUCGGCGACCACUCGAGCAGCCUGCAUGGUGGCAGCGUGGCGGAGGAGGAGCAGGUGAUGUUGGCGCCGCAGGUGUCCGUCGUGUCGCCGCAGGGUUACGGCCGGACGUCGGGCGGCGCCUCCUACACGGCCGAGGACUGCGAGAACAAAUGCCACUCCCACUUCCACGACACGGUGGGCCAAGCCGACAGCAUGCACCACCACCACCACGACUACCACCACAUCCUGCACCACCACCACUCCCAGAACCACCACCCGCACAGCCACUCCCACUCCUACUCGGAGCAGCACUUCCAGGAGGCCGGCGUGGCCACGCUCGCCUGGAUGGUCAUCAUGGGAGACGGACUGCACAACUUCAGCGACGGCCUGGCGAUCGGUGCUGCCUUCACUGAAGGUCUGUCCAGCGGACUCAGUACAUCUGUGGCUGUUUUCUGCCACGAGCUGCCGCAUGAGUUGGGUGACUUUGCGGUGCUUCUGAAGGCCGGUAUGACGGUGCGUCAGGCCAUUCUAUACAACGUGCUGUCGGCCAUGAUGGCCUACCUGGGCAUGGUGACGGGCAUUUUGAUCGGACAUUAUGCUGAAAAUAUCUCCAUGUGGAUAUUCGCCCUCACAGCUGGGCUCUUCAUGUACGUGGCGCUGGUGGACAUGGUGCCUGAGAUGUUGCACAACGAUGCCGGGGACCACGGCUUCAGCCACUGGGGCUUCUUUCUCCUCCAGAACGCCGGCAUCCUGCUGGGCUUCUGCAUAAUGCUGCUGAUCGCCAUUUUUGAGCACAAAAUCCAGCUGGACCUGGGAUACUGAGGGAGAAGCGGCGCUCAGCUCAAUGUUGCAUUCCAGCGUCUCUGUCUGAUGUGUAGUGUUUUUAUUUUUUAUUUGCUGUCAACAGACUCCGGUCACCACGGUUUAGUUUUCACAUCGUGUUGCAAGAAGCACCAGUUCAGACACGAAGGUGGAAUGUAAUCGACCCGCCGCUCAGUCGGUGGAGCUGAUGGAAACAGGAGUUCAGGAGCUUCUGAGGCUCAGAUGUCUGCUGAUUGGACUGAUUUUAGGAGAAAAAGUAGCUCAGAAAGUAGUUUUGUUUUGUAUUAGCUUGGACUGUGGUAAAGCAUGCAGCAGUUCCUCCCUGUAUCAACAAACUCUUCACCCCUGAAGUGGGAGUCAACGAAGUGUAUGACGCAAAAGUUGAGGUUCAGGUGUCGAAGUAGAUUAGUAGAUUGUUACGGUUAAUCCAAUAAGUUUAAAGUGUUUCUGCUGCUGAGUCAAACUGGAUCAGUGUUACAGAGGAUCCCCAAAGAGUCAAAACACCAAACUGGGUAGCAGGUUACACCAAAAUCCCCCCUUCCAGCACUUAACAUCGUUUCCAAAUGCAGCAGAAUCUACAGCCAGAUUUAGCCUUAGUUUACAAAUUAUUUAGCGUUGGCACCAUUAGGGCGAUGAUGAUUACCAGUUAGUCUGCUAUUUGUUUCAGAGAAUGUUCCAGCUUAACUGUUUUGUUGCAGAUACAAACUUUUAACACUUGACUGUCAUAUCUGAUAAAAGCGUUACCAAUUAUCAGUGGAUUAAUUAUUGACGUGAAUGAAGCGGUGCAGACAUUUUUUUGACUAAUGACGUGACUGUAGCGGCUAACAUGGCUCAUUUACAUCAACCACUCUGCAACACGAAUUCUGCCACAGUAUAUUUUGAUUUCUUUUGAUGAUGUGAACUCUGACCAGAAGUCAUUAAGCUUCACAGAAGUCUUUGUCAUGGUGCCCCUCGCUAGCUAAACCCCCAGAAUGCUCUUUGCUUGCUAGGAUGAACAACCUGUAAUCUAAAUAAUGCCCCAGAAGGAUGGAAGCUCUGAAUGAUGUUUCCAAUCAAUGAUCGCUUCAUUAUCAGUCAGUAAUUGAUCGAUUGAGAACACAGAAUGAAGACAUUUCCUCAGUGGUGAAAUUGUUGUUUUAGACAUGAUUUGGGCCACAAAGGCAGCUGAGUUACAUAUUUAGGUAGAAACACUGAUGUAGUCGAUUCCAGUUCAUCUUAAUCAUGUGAGCUGAUAGGUCAUUAACCACCACUGAAGUCUUUGUCAUGGUACCCGUUGCUAGCCAAACGAUGCUCUCUGCUUGCCAACAUGAGAUUCCUGUAGUCUGAGUGACCUCCUCUGGGCUCUACAGUAUUAAAGACACUCCACCUGGUGGAACAAGCAGGUACUGCAGCUGAUCUGCAUUUACUGACCUGCAGGUUCCUCAUCUUCUGCCUCAGCCGUUAAUAUAACUUUGAUUGGGUAAACCAGUAAAUUUAAUUAAUUAUUUAACCAAUAGUUAUUAAAAUUCCUAGAUUAGAUAACUUCCUGUAUUGGUCCAAUGCUCAAAAACCAAAAGAUAAUAAGAAAAAACUAAGUAUUUGGGUUUAAAAGUUGGAACCAGGAAGUUUUUGGUAUUUUUGUUUCAAUAAUUGAUUUUCUGUUGAUAGAUUCGUGCUUUCAGUUCUAACAGUGGUCAUGCAGUACACAGUCUCUGGUUCUGGAGGUGCUCCUUCGUGUUCAUUGUGAACAUGUUUAUGAGGGGAUUUAAAAGUGUUACCCAGUGUUGUUGUGUUUGCUGCACAGGGCAGUGCACUCAUGUUUGUCAAACGUUAACACACCAUUUAAAGCUCAGAUCAGGCUCCAGACCUUCUGUGUAGAAGACGCAGUUAGUGAGAUGUAGACGGGAGUUUGCUGCUAACGAAGCUGCUUCUCUGGAGUCUUAAUAACAGGACAUCUGUGCCUCUCAGUGUGGAGGCUAAAGGAGAAUUAUGGUUUAUUUCAACCUGGUGAAUCUCCCAGUAAUGUGGCUGCUGUGGCUCUAAGGGUUGUACCAGCUUUCCAUCAAAGUUUUACAGAGAACAGCUUUGUAAACUCUGAGUUUUUUCCAGCGUAGUCAGCGAGUCACUUCACACAGCGAUGUACGAGGUGUUAAAUAGAGCCAUAAUGUUACUCUCCAGCGUCUCUUUUUACUUGUUACACAACUAGUUUUAUCAUUUUUCGUGUCUGCAGACGAGCCAUGCCCUGCAGCAGAGAGUCUGAAAAGAAUCAAUUCCAGCAGCGUCAAGUGUUCUGUAUUUUUUAAACUUUUGUUUUUUUUAUUGUUUUUAUUUGUUACAUAGAAAGAGUUAGUGUGGCAGCUUAAAAAUCCUUUGUUCUAAUAUUCCUCCUGUUCAGGUUGAAUGUGGACUUUGACAGCAGAAGAUCCAACUGUGAACGUCCAGCUUCAGUCUGAAAGGUCUGAAUGUUUGUUUAUUGCAUCUGAUGUUUCGUUAAGUAACGCGGUUCUGUACGGAAGAAGGUUCAGGGUCACUGUAAAAGAAUUAGUUUGACCUUAAUGCCAGAGCGCUGAGAAAAUUCUCUUUUUAAGGUGUUUCCUUAAAUAACAAGGUCAGAAUUGUUUUUUAUUGAAUUUGACUGUAGAGUUUUAUGUUACCCUGAUAUUUUUCUUUGAAUUUAAAGUCUGGCUUUAAAGACAGAAUUCAAAGAAAAACCUCAGAAUUUGGAAAUAAAGUCAAAACUUUGGUGAAAAAAGAAAUCCUGACUUUUAGAACAAUUUGAAGUCAGAAUUUCAGAGAAAAAGAUGUUUUGAGUUUUGAGAGUAACAUCAGGAUUCUGACCUGAAUUCUAACUUUUGAAGUCCGGAUUCAAAAAGAGAAAAAUCUGAAUUCUGACUUUUAAAGUUUGUAUUCAAAAAAAGUGUCUCAGUUCUGACAGGAAAUUCAGAAUUUGGAGCCAAAAAGUCAGAAUUCAGACAAAAAUUCCUGAAUUUUAAGUUGAAACUAGAAAUUCUGACUUCUUUUAAAGAAACCUCAAAGAGCUUUAAUUUUCUCCAGCGGCUCUGAUCCUCUUUGGUUCCAUCACAGGUUGAGCAGAAAACAUUAUUUUUCCCUUUAAACAGGAAACAAACAGAAAGUUGGGUGACAUGGAGCUCAGUGUGUAUAUUACUGUGUGUAUAUACUUUUAUAUGCAGUUCAGCUUUGAUUUGUUUCACUCACUGUGCUGUUUGUCAUGAAGUUUGUGAGUCUGAGCGACGCAGAAAACAUUACAUGUGAUUUACAGUUUGGGAAAAGUGUGUUUUAAUCCAAAAAGAAAAAAGAGGAUCGAAUUAUUCUUUUACAUUUGUGUCCAAAAGUGUUUAAAAUGCGUCUGUUAAUGAAGAGAAGUGCAGCAGGUGGAUCAAAUCACAAAGACGUUGAGCAGCUCUGCAGCAAAGUUUCAUUUUUAAAGGUUCUGUUUGUUAAAAUAAUCAAAGUUAAAUAUAUGAGACAAAAAUUUAAAUCGGGGCAAAAUCUGUGUCAGAAUCAAGCAUGCAGGACUCUCCGGAUGAUUCUUGCAAAAUAGAACAUUUCUGGUUGUCAGAUAACAUUUUAUUUAACAAUUAAAAGCAGGAAACGAACAUCUGGGAGCAGCUGUGCCACAUCUGGGGCUGAAAAGAUGAUAAAUAAUUAAUGUUUCUUGAUUUAAUUCCAACGUCCUGUGAGUUUGUAUCGAACACGACACGUAAAAAUGGAUCAAAAUGAUCAGAUUUACAGCUUUGCUCCCAAACAUGAUGUUAAACUGUAAAAAGAAGAAUUCUUCUGCUUGUUUAAAAGUUGAAAUGUGACGUGUUUUUCUGUGAUCAGAGCCUUUCAAGUGUUUUUAAAGCCUGACAAACUCAAAUCUCCAAAUCCAGCUGCGAGACUCAAAUUUGAAAGCAGCUGAAGUCCUCAUUUUGACAUUUUGGUCUUUUUCGGAACAAAAUUAACAUAAAUAAUACUCACACUUUUCUGAAAAGUGAAAAACUGUUAGUUGUUGUAAUAUUUAAUGAAGCUGCUUGUUUCUGGAGGCUCUCAUGUGACCUUAAAACAAGAAGCAGAAUCGACCAAACGGCUGUUUGGCUGCAGAGCUGUUUUAAACGCUGUUAUUUUGUCCACCUCUGGACAAACCUUCAGGCAGCUUUGAUGUUGACUCACUGUGACAUUCCUGAACACCAAUAAACUUUUGGUCUUCUUCCCACAA